GCCGCCAUGUUUGUGCUCCGGCCGCGGAAGGGAACCACUGUCGCAUAGACGCUGCUCGGCGGCUCGGAUCGCAUCUCGUGUUGUCGCCCGAGUGAAGCACGAAACAUUAAAUGCGACCCACACGCGUGUAGUCCGAGUGUGAGCGGGACGAGCGGUGCACGAUGUCGGCCAACGCACAGGAUUAUGGCUUCGGCGAAUAUGACAAACCAGGUGCUGAGCGGUUACGCAGGAGGAGAGGUGAAGAUGAUGAUCUAGAGAGUGAUUUGGAAGAGGAAUUGUUGGGGGAUGAUUGGCUCUCAGGUAAAAAGAAUCCAUCAGAAGUCUCAGAUGAAGAGUUAAAUGAUGACCUCCUACAAAGUGAUGAGGAAAUGGGUGGUCAGGAGCUGAACGUCAAUGCCACAUACAACCUGGGCACAACCUAUGGCCAGCAGGGAAACUUGCAGGCAGCAGACUACACAGAUGACGUUGUGAACCUGGGUGCAGAGGGCUGUGAAGUAGGGGAGGAGGGGUACCAGGGGGAGGUGUACACAGGGGAAUACAGCCAGGACAACAACGCUGGGAUGCCUGAAGACCAGAUGGAUUACACUGGAGAACUCGCAGAAGAUGGCUACCAGGAUGAAGUGUUAGACAUCCAAAUCAAUGAGCCCUUAGAUGGGGAUUUUCAAGGUAAUGAAUAUCAAACCUCCUAUGAUGAUGAACACGGAGUCCAACAGGAGGCGACCCCCGAGGAGAUGGGGGGAGAAGAGCAGCAGGAAGAGGAGGAGGAAGAUGCUGCAGAGAGCUCGCAGGUCUUUGAUUCAGAGGAGGUUGAAAACGAAACUAUGCAUGAAGACACAACAAAGGAAGAAUCCGAUGAGGAGGAUGAGGAAGAUGAAGAGUCCGGUCGCAUACGGUUCAAAUCGGAGAGAAAGGACGGCGCUGUUGUGCGGUUGGCUGAUGCCGGCAGUAACAGGAGAAAUAUCCCUGAAACACUAGAACUGUCGGAGAAAGCCAAGCGGGAUCUGAUGGAGUUUGAGGAACAAGAAAGACAGAAGAGACAAAACCGCUACGGAGGUCGAGGUGGUAGAGGAGGAGGAGGAGGUCGAGGAAAUAGAGGAAGAGGAGGAUUCCAAGGCUUCGGAAUGGGAGAUUUUAGAGGAGGACACAGAGGAAGAAUGAAUGACCAGAGAAUACCCCUCAUGGGAAACAUUGGCAUGCAGCAGCAGUCUUCCCGAAUGCCUCCUCCUCAUCAGUCUCAUCAGCAGCAACUGCACUCCCAGCAGCACCACCCUUCACGUCCAAGAGGACCACCUCCCUUCCAAGACCACGGGCGCCCACUGUCCCAGCAGCCCCUUCAGCCCCUCAUCCCCCUGCACAUGGCUCACCGCUCCCCGCCGAUGCGGCCCCAGAUGGAGCCGCCACCACGAAUGAUGAGCUCCCCGCCACCUAACUUCCCCCAGCAUCACCAGCAGCCACCUCCUCAGUCCAAAAACAUCCACAUUAACCCCCAUUUCAGAGGGCCCACGUCAUCCUCUGUACAAGUGCCCUUGAUGCCUCCUGCUCAGAGCCAGCCCAGACCUGCUGUGGGUCCUCAGAGGUUCCCUGGACCGGGAGACUUCCAGCAGCACAUGCCUGGUAAUUUUGGUCAGCCCCAGCGGCCCCCUCAUCACAUGGAGCCCUUCAGAAACCAGGAUAGGGAGCCCCUCUUUAUGACAGAGCGCACAGAGUCAACACGGUUUCCAGGGCAGCACAUGUUUGAUCACCAGGGCCCCAGCCCUCUGAUGAACAGCGGCAACAACCUCCACCACCAGCACCAGCAGCAGCAGCAGCAGCAGCAGCAGCAGAUGCCCGGACCGGGCCACAUGGGUUUUGGCCCACCAGGGCCAGCCUUCAACCAGCCGGGCCAGCUAGGACUGUUUCCAAGAGAACCCCCAAGAAACAACCACCCUCCCAACCAAGGUCACCAAGGGAUGGUCGGCAUGAAUCAACAAGGUGGCCCCCCUAACCAGCCCAGGCCUUUCAUGGGACCUCGUCAGCCGUUUGGCCAGCAGGGGAGCCUUUUCCCCCCGCCACCGGUUCCGUUCGGAAUGCAGGUACGAAUGAGAGGCUUGAUGCACGCUCCUCCCGUCUCCCAACUUCCACACCACGACUCGCUGCCACCCCAUCAGCCCAUGCACCACCACCAACAGCAGCAGCAUCAACAUCAUAGGCAGGACCUACCCCAUCAUCACCAGCAGCAACAGCUGAAUCUCGGUGAACCUCGCCCCAUGAUGCACCACGGCCAGAUUCCCUUCCAUCAACAGCAGGCACACGGCAGCCCCAGGCAGAUGACUCCCCGUCCUCUGAACCCCCAACAGCGCAACAUGCCCAACAGGCAGAGGAUGAACGCACCUGGCCCCAAACAAAUGCAGCAGCGCAACAGCAACCUACGGGAGCUCCCUGUAGCACCUGGCAACACAAACAUGAACAGUGCCCGCAUCUCCUCCUCCCCCGCCGCCAACGUCAGGCCUGUUGCCAAGGCAACGCAGGGGGUGCGUCCUGGGCAGAACACUCAGCCAGUGUCUGACCGUGGCAGAGGAAGAGGCCAAGUUGCUGCCAGGACUGAAUUUCAGCUUGGGGGGGGAGGCAGGACAGUUGUUCGCAAGGAGAUCCCUACCUCGGCACCGCAGGACCCCAACGAGGACGAGGAGACACGACAGUAUCGCCUGAAGAUUGAGGAGCAGAAGCGUCUGAGAGAGGAAAUCCUGAAGAGGAAGGAGAUGCGACGGCAAAUGCAAGCUGGCGUCAGGAAGAAGGAGCUGCUGGAAAGACUUAAUUCCCAGACAAACGCUCCAUUGGAAGGACCCCCACCUACGCUGAUCCAACCUGCACAGCAAAAUCAGCAGAUACCACACCCUGUGCAACAACGGCAACAUCCACCACCACCGCAGCAACAACAACCAGAACAGACACAGCUGCAGCAGCUACCGCCACAACAGCAAAGACAGUUUCCUCCGAGAACUCCACAACCAUUAAAUCAGUCAUUAAAUAAAGUCAAUCCCAUUCCUCCUAAUGGCGCUGCUCAGCCCCUUACGCCACGUCCCAAUGUCAAGACACGGCUGCAGAUGGCGAAAGGCGGCGCCCCGCAGCCACAGACACCCGGGCCUGUUCCCGACCAGCAGUGGAACCAGCCCCCGCAGAAUCAGCUGCAGAUGCAACAACAGAGGAGCAGCGGUCCACAGAACGUCAACAGGCCUGGCGCUCAGAUCCAGAAGAACAUACCUGUAAUUCCUGUAGUGGGGUCUGGCCAGGCUCUGAGUCAAGGACCAAAACCCGGAGCUAAAAGAACUGUGAUGCAGCGAGCCAGGACUUCUAUCGACGAAGGUCAGCCGGUGCCGCAAAAACUCAGAGUCGUCAAACUUUCAGGAGCGAGUGAAAAGGGGCCUGAGGCCACUGGCGGCCCAGCGCAGCAACAAGGCACCUGGCCGGCCUCUGCUCCCAACCCGGGCGUCCAAAGGAAGGUUACCAUGGCAGGGCAGCAGCAACCUGGACCAGGCGGAACUCCGCAGGCCGGCCGAGGGGGCAUAGGCAACCAGCAGCAAAACAGGGUCGUUGUGUCGGGCCGGGGCCGGGGUAGAGGGGCUGGACAGACGGGUCGAGGUCGUGCGGUGCCCACCAGACAGAGCCAAAGAGUUGGACAGGGCGAACGCUGCACUGUGUCCAUAGAGGGCCUCUCCUCCUCCACUACUGACGCUCAGCUGCAGAACCUUCUCAGAUCCAUCGGGCCCAUAGAGAUGUUCAACAUGAUGCCGCACCAGAGGAAAGCAGUCGCCACGUUCUCCAGCCCACAGCACGCAGAAAGUUUUCAAAUAAGCUUCCAUCGGCACAUGAUUGAUUUGUCCCACAUUGACGUGUCGCUGAUUGAUGGAUGAGGGGGGGGAGUCCCGUCUCAAGACGUCACUUUCCGCUGACGUGGGCGCCUCUCGUGCGCGGCGCCAACUUCACACAGGAGUAUUUCUUCACCUCCCUCUCAAUCUGCACAGAAGCAUCGCUCGCCGUUCAUCUCUCAUCAACUUGGAACAAUGAACCUAAAGACAUUUUGCCGCGAGGCCGCCUCCGUGCGACGCUGCCUACCGAUUGUCCGUUGUUGUAAAGUGGCACCGGAGAGACACUGGACAGUAAAUCCUUCUCUGAAGUUAGUGUGUGAAGACCCUUUUUGUGCAUCCUACACGGACACUAAGUCGAACAAAUCAUGAUAAUGGUUGCGCCCCUCCUCAGUGAGAUUCACGACAGCAAAAUGCAGAACGACAUUCUAAUGUGAAAAUUCCAUACUUUAUUUUAUUUGUAGCUCUGUGUUUACAUGCGGCGGAUGGUUAUGAUAGAUGGUGCACGGCUCAUUCACGUUGCAGUGUUUCUCUUCUCCUGUAGAUGGCAGUAUUUCAACACUAUUGGAACACUAUUUUUUUUGGUACCCAACCGGCUUCUUUAGUAGAGAUGAGUCUUAGAGCAGCUUUGGGGUGGAUGGCGCUACCUAGUGGAGAAGUUAUGUACAGGCAGAGUGGUGGCCUGGGUGGAUGAUUGAACAGAGGACGUGUUGGAGCAUCAGAAGCUGAAUUAGCCCAGAGUGUAACAAUAACAAUUAUUUACUGAAUUCCCAGCAGUCCUGGGGGUUGUGGUUGUAUAUUUUGCGGUGCGUUAAGCUUCAGUGCUGCUUGUUCAUAUCAUAUCUCUGGUUUAAGUUAGUACAUUUGGUCAUUUGGCUGUUUCUCUCUGUUAUGAGGUCUUUUAACUGGUAACACCUGGAGUGCAUCCUGGAAAAUGCAUAUUUUAGUUGUAUGUCUGAAUUUUUCGAGUCGAAGUGAGCUUUGUAAUUUGUGCUGAGUGUGCGUUGAGGGUGUAUGUUUGAAAGUAUUUUUUUUUUUUUUUAGGUUUUUUAUAGUGACGAGUUUAAAUAUAUUGUUGGUGAAUUAAAUAUUUGUCUUAUUUGGUCUUUCAGAGAGAAUUGCUCGUGGCUCUUUUCGGGAUAUACACACAUUUCUUUACAUUAUUUCAGCUUGGAUAUAUAUUUGUCUUUCUCCUUUUGGAAGCAACUGAUCCGUAUCUGCGUCAGGUGAUAAUUUGAUGCUUUAUCGCCGAAUGGGAUAAUGAACAUGGAAUAGCACUUUGAACAAAAACACUGAGCAGGUCAUGAAGAGGUUUGACACGAGAGCACACAAGAGAAAAGGAAAUGCAUUCACCAAGAACAAACCUACACAACGCGUUUAAUGUUCUCCUCAUUAUAACAUAGGCAUUCACUGUAGAUCCUGGGCUCUGAAGAAUAAUGAUGGUUAUCUUCUAAAGGGUCAAUUUAGUUUAAAAAUGCGUGAGAAAGUGUAAAGUAACAGGCAAUUUCUCAGAGCAUGUUUAGGAAGCACUAGCACAUUGCUUAAUUCUUUUAUUUCCUUAUCAACCACGUUACACCCAUUUACUUUUCACCACAACUGGAACAGGUCCUCUUGAUAUUCAAAUAUUCUUCAUCCUCGUUUACAAAUAGCUGAAAUCCGGAAAGUGAACUCUGUAGUUGAAUCGAUCGGGACGUGACGCAGGAGGGUGAGGGGGCAACCAUUAUCUCCGCAGUGAUCAUGUACACCAGUAGAACAGAACUUGAAUUCAAUAUUUAUCCUGUUAGAAUUUUUUUUGUUUUGUUAAUUUCUCCUUCACUCAUGUUGUAACGAGUUAAAAACCUUUUUAUAUGUAAGGAUAAGCUGAUGUGUCCAGGCAUUGAUCAUUUUACAAGUGUUUAGUUUUUUUUUAAUUUAGAGCCAAACAUGACUGGACCACAUUUUCUGUUUAUAAGACAUUUGACUACAAGUUAAAGGGAAAACAACAAAAAAUAAAAAUAUGGCCAAUAUACCGUGAACAUGCAGGUAUGUCAAGCCGGUCAAACUUUAGCCCAAAGACGUGUGAUUGUGUGUGAUGUCCAUGAACUAUCUCUUAUUUGUGCCACAUUUUAAUCAUUUAUAUUCACAGUUUCCUCUAAGUACAUAAGUUUUCACCUUACAACACAUCAUAUACAUACUUUUAAAAACAAUUUACUAAUUUGGGAUCAAUGCACAAAUAUUUUUGAGGACUUAUUAUUCUUCAUUUUUUAAGGUUUAAGUUUUUAAGAAAUAAUAUCGGGUAAGAAAUGCUACCUCAUGGAGAUUAAGGGGAAUGCCACUGAAUUCUGCUUAAUCGUCACCUGCAAAUUUAACCUUGUUGUCACACUGAUGUGCAGCAGCUGGACAUGAGAACAACACAGGAGGAAGUUCAGAAGAGCCUGGAAAUAUAGUUUGGGGUUAAUGCCAAAGAAAAAUUGGUCGUUUUUUUAAAUUUACCGUCAUUAGAUCAACUCCUGGCUGCGCAUCUGGGUGACAUCACAGAUUAAAUUUUGGGAGAUUUACAAGAUGAUGGUUUACAAGUUUUAUUUGCCUUUUGUCUUCCCUGCUUGUGUGAAUUAACAUUCAUACAUUAGGUGGUAUUUCCCUUAAAAAAUAGUUGUUACUUGAAAUAAUAAAAAAUAUCUAUUCAGGUUUGAAAAUAAGCUGCACUUACUGACUCCUGCCAGUGGGGGUCACUCUAUUCUCAAAAUGCUGUGAAGCACAGAGGGUGUUCGGACCAACAGGGUCUGAGAAAUGUCUAAGUCCCUAAAGUUUCUCUUUACGGUUUGAAAAGCUGCUGGUUGGACGGUUUUCAAGUCUCCUGUAUGUUGUGCUUCUGUUCUAAACUGCCUUCUUUAUGUUUUAAUCCUUUUUGUUUUGAGUUGAUCUGCUGUCGAAGUGUGUGUUCUCUUGCGAUGUGUUUUAUUACUGUCUUUAAUGUUGUGGGGUUAUGCUUGAUCUCUUUCUAGUGUUGUGGUAAAUCCUGUGGAUUUUUUAAAAACGUAUUGGGCUAUGGCCGUCCUAGUGAUAUAUAUAUCCUAUGAGACACUGGGUCUUGUAAUGCAGAACAGAUUCAUAUUGGAUCUUAUUUGUAUCCUAACUUUUAAGGAUUUAUGACAAACUUAUAACUUUAGUUUUAGGAUGUGAUGCCGUUUCCUGUGCUCACUGUUUUUUUAGUAGGUUGUUUGAUUAUCAAGGUGUUUUUACAGUCACCUCCAUUGUUCCAGUAGAUUAUUCAGAUAUUUGAUUCAAAUGUUUUCUGUGCUUACAUAAGAAACCUUUAUACAGAAUGUUUAUACUGCCUCUGGGUCAAACAUGCAACAGUAGCCGGGUUAGGAUUUACACAAAGUACAACUAACUUCACACGUUUUCUUUUCUUACAGGUGAUUUUGCAGACUGAGGCAGAUUUAAUAAUCAUUUGUUUUUCUUCAGGUCACAGUUUUGUCUACAGAGUCACAAGCAGUCAUCAGUGUAGUGGGAGUUAAGGGGCCCUACCAAGGGCUUGGCAUGUUUUAUAUCAAAUCAACAAAGUAGGCUACGAAUAAUUAAUUUCACAUUUUCUUUCUUCUCUUCAUAAUUUUUCAGGGUAAUGCUCUUCAGUGUAAUUUGGUCCUGGUGAAAUAUGAGUUUGUUGAUGUGCUAAAACUGGCUCCAGCUCUCGUGUACUCAUCUUUAACAGGUCAUUGAACAACACUACCUGCUUUUUGGAAAGCUUUUCUAUCCUGCUGGUUUAAAAGAUAUUUUACUUUAUUCAUGUAACUGGAAAAGGGCGACAGGAGACACAGGAUGUCAUCUGUCCUUUAUAGAUAUUUUUUAUUGAUAUAAAAUAUUUAGACAAAUAGAAUAUUUUUUGGACCAGUCGAUUUUUGGGAUUAUGCGUCAAAUGACCUAUAGUGGGGUUUUUUCCCCCGCAUCAUUACUAAAGUAUUGAUUUACAUGAGAGCUAUAGACAGUUUGAGCAGAAGCAUGUCAAACCGCUGGUAUGGUCCAACACGUGAGGUGCUCCACUUUGGGCUGUGAGGUUGAAGCUGCACAAUGUUUGUGUGAUGAAAACACACUUGACGUGUCGGCUUCAUUCGAACACACUGACCUCUCCGUUUAACGCGUUCAUUUUUUCAGCAGCGUAUCGGCGGGAGGAGACAAUCACCAGCUCUCUAUCCAUGAAUCUGCUUUGUCACUUUUCCUGCUUUCCCUCCCUCACCUCACGCUCUGGAUUCCUUCGCAGCCCUGCAGCCUCGGGGUGAAGACUUUACUCAAACUUCCUUCCCUAACCAAAUACACGUUGCUACAGUCAGAGUAUAGGGGGGGGGGGCCUCACCCUCAUUUCCUCCCAUUACUGCUUCUCCUGUCAUUGCUCUUCUUCCAGCUUGCAUAUUGAUUUGUUUUGUUUCACAGUUGCUCAUCUUUCCCCCCCCCCCGAUGCUGCCGUUGUUCAAUGAACUUAAGACUCCUGUAUCAAGCAGGGGAAGGGUGGGGGGGGCCCCACCUCGAUUACCAGUGUGUGUCAGCCCAGUGGCUGGAGGUUUCCAUCUCUGUGACGACUGCCGGGUUCACAGAGCAGAGCCUGUAACUCUGUCACUGCACCAGGGGUCAUCCCAGCUUCUUGACUUUCAUUGUUUGGUGGGAUUCUUGGAAAAAAGAAAAACUAGACACUGCAGUGGUUUCCUCGUCUUGUACAAUAUGAUGCACCGAGUGAUGACUCCAGCCUUUUGAGAUGUGACUGAAACUGUUGAGCAAAGCACCGUGUUGUGUGUUUCCACCCGUCGCACUGAUGUCGUGUCAUAUGAAGUCACCGUGUUUGUGUUGGAAUAUUCUGAAGUCACUGUGAAAGCUCUUCUGAUAUUGUAAACUGUUUUUGUAAAGAAGAAACAUGAUUUUUUUCUAAAGAAACUCAAUAUUUUUAAAAAGAUAAAAUGUGAUAAACUUGAAUCCAGAAACUGAAAGAAAAUAAACCUUUUUCACACCAUGA